CUAAUUUAACCAAAUCUUAGAGAGUGAAACGUAAAUAUUCCAACCGAUUAAAAGGAAACCCGUUUCUUGAUUUUGAACAUUGAAGAAAAACCACAAUGCCAAUCAAAUGGGUUUUACAUUGGCAGCCCAAUGCAGGCGCCUCAGUUAACACCCAAAUUCUUACGGAAGUGUCACAAUGUGUUGAGGGAAUCAAUGGCGUCAAGGAAGGAAGGUGGAAAUCUACUAUCAGCUUCUAUAAGCCCAUUGUCAGAGAUGCAACGAACACUUCGUUGGAAUUUGCUCGUGAUUUUUUGGGGAUUUCGCUCCAAGAGCACCCCGGUAAGUACUAUUUUGUGCUAAGAGCGCAGCGCAUGAUCGUGGAGGCAGAAUCAUCGAUUCAGACAAUUAUGGAAAAAUUGCAGUCUUACAAAACAAGGGUUGCUCUUAAUUUUGAGGGAGUUCAAUAUCAAGUAGGGGACUUCCAACUCCGUGUGGGAAAAGUUAUUACAGUCCAGCACGACAGUCUGAGGGGAAUAGUUAUGGAGAUGGAGUAUCUACCUAUUUCAUCAUGGGAAAAAUCACACAAGAUCAUGGGCGAAUUCUUCGAUAUAUGGCAGGAAGCUCUCUCAAAAAGAUCAUUGCCAGGUCAUUUUGUCCAUAUUGAGCCAAACUUCAGAGAAUAUGGUCUGUCGGAUGAAUACAGUCCGCAGCACACGGCUGCACAAUAUACUGGUAUUAUGGCUCAGCUGAUAGCCACGGCCCAUUCAGCUCAAGCAGCUCAAGCAGCUCACGCAGUUAGACAGUAGACUUGGGAAUUUUACUGGAUAGUAUCAGUAUGUAUCUGUAUCUCCCAUGCUUCAGAAAAGGAUAAUCUAGGCCUAAACAGUUCUCAUUUUGUAAUCAGAUUUGCAAGUUAAUUGAUAGACAAACAUGGUUUGAAGAAUAUUACUUUGUACCACAAAAGUGCCAACAUUGCAUGUAUCCAUUAUUACUCUCAAUUUCUAAUUUUGAAUGUUUCAACUCAUUUUAAAGGAAA